AUGCGAGCGGGCAACAUUGCAAUCCUUGGACACCUCGCUUUCGAGUCCAUGGCAUCCAUGUCCUUUUUCUUCCAGCCACGCAAGCAGUUGCAAGACCCUGAAGCUAGUGAAGAGGCAAUUUUGAUAUGUCACAACUACGCAGGCAUGCUGCUCGCCACUGAUAUUCUCUGUGUACUCUCUCUUAUUCGGAGCGGUAGCGAGUCAUUCGACGAUACCAGCGCCAUGAUCACAUGGUCUAUGGCCAUCUAUCACAUCUUCCCCAUCAGAAGGGCUUGGGCAAGGAUUAAGAAACGUGGAGGUAACUAUACCAAAGAAGAGAAAGUUGCAGGUGGCCCGCCAGGACAUCUUAUCAUUCAUACUGUUUUGUUUAUAUCAUUGGUGUGGGCUAGUUGGCGCGGAAAAUGA